AUGGCUGGUUCAAUCACUGAUAACUUAGCUGUAUACAAGAAGACCUUCACCUAUGUACCGCCAACACCACCAGCCGAACUUAUUGAAGCAACCAAUUUCACGCUGGACUUUGUGAGUCGCAAGUUUAUUCAAAUUGGUAUUGACCCGGCAUAUAAUUUCAAAGUCGUUUUGCUUAUAAUAACGCCAUCGCGUUAUGUCCGAAUUACACCGGACUUGUUAAAGCAAAUAUUGAAUUUUAUGGGCCAUAUCCUUUCGUUCAUAUUGGACCAACCGCAAAGGUACAAGCGAGUUAUAUUUUUCGAAACCGAUAUAUUUAAACUAUCUAGUAUGGUGUAUGGUGGAGAAAAUGUAUUAGUGAUCGAAUCGAAAAAUGUAGAAGGAUGCAGAGUUCUUCUAAAUCGUACAGAUCUUCUUCAACUGCAACGUUUAGAAUCUUCUAUUUUUGAAGCCAUCGUACGAAAAGAUAUAAUUACCAGACCAUUAAUUUUAAAACAAAUUGAUGAGUUUGGUGCGUACCUAGAAGAGAGAUGUUCUAGAGAAAAAUCGCCACCGAAAAAUAUUGAAGAGAGAGAAAUGUACAUUAAGAACAUGCAACUCGAUCGGUCUGAUAGAGUCGUGCAAUCUGUUCCAAAUCUUACCGGACAAAUUCAGAUAUAUGCUGCUACACAGUUGGCUGAAAAUUGGGAAAAUCGGAAGACGCAAAAAUCACAAGAGUCAUGUUAUGCUGAUCCAAAAAUACUGUCACCCAGCUGCCCACCAAAAUCCAUUAUCUCCAGCUUACAGGACGAUUCCUGUACAAUACGUGACGCAUUUGAUAAGCCGGAGGAUCAAAGUCUAGCUAAGCCGCUAGAUCAUAUUGACGGUCCACAAUCACCCUCAAGUCCACGGUUGUUCAACAUAAGAGACGGGUUCGAUUUCUUCAAUCGAUUUGAUUCACCACCCUCAACUUACGUCAAUCACCCCACUGCAGCACCAUUACGUAGAGUGAAGCGUCGACUACCACAAUCACCCACAAGUUCACAGCCGUUCGACGAAAAUGACGGUCCGGAUUUCUUCAAUCCAAUUAGUACAUCAACACCAUGUCAACCAACUUACGCUCAAUACCCUUCUGAACGAUUACGUAAAGUGAAGCGUCAACUAUUUUAA